AAAUCAAGCGUUCGUAUAAAAAUGGAGAAGAAAACCACAGACUUUUCAGGAAAAUGGAAGAUGAAGUCUUCGGAAAAUUUCGAGGAACUUUUGAAAGCACUGGGUGUGAAUGUGUUCCUGAGGAAGAUUGCAGUGACAGCGGCCUCCAGCCCAGCAGUGGAAAUCACCCAGCAGGAAGAGAGUCUGUCCAUCAAGACGUCCACCAGCGUCCGCACCACCAACGUCUCCUUCACUGUGGGUCAGUCCUUCAAUGAGACCACAGUGGAUGGACGUCCCUGCACGAGUAUUCCCAAGUGGGAAACAGACAGCAAGAUCAGCUGCGAACAGACUUUACAGAAAGGAGAGGGACCCAAGACAUCGUGGACCCGAGAACUGACCAACGAUGGGGAGCUGAUACUGACAAUGACUGCCGGGGACGUUGUCUGCACCAGAGUUUACGAAAGGGAAUGAGGAAAUCUCAACACUGUC